AUAUAUUGAAGGCGAUUCACCUGUAUUGUGUCCAGUGUUGAGACAACUUAGAUCUAUUAUUCCAUUGAAGUUCGGCUCUAGCAUGAUAUUAGCCUGAUAUUAGACUGGACAACCGAGGUUUGUAAUGUUCACGGAGCCAUUAGCCGAGACCAAUGAGUUUUGGCUGAUAUUUCGCUUCCGUCUUGCGCGUCUGUCAUGUUCCAAGAACUACCGAGAAAUUCACUGUAAGGAACUUCUGUUUUCAUGAAUAAUAGUUUACGUUCCCACAUUUAAUUGAAUGCAGCGACUACAGUAUAUUCAUUACUUAAACAGAAACUAUUUUAAUUUCGGGAGGAAAUCGACCAGAAAAUUUUUGAAACGCCAUCAAUGUGUAAAUAUAUUACUUUUUACAAAACUCACUUCAUGAUAAUGUGGGGUUUUCACUUACCCAGUUGAUGUUUUCUAGGCGAACUGUAUUGCACGCGAACAGAUGUCACAGUAAUUACUAUUAAUGUCCCACAUUUCAUCUCAUUGUAGAUUUGUAUAUCCGCGCGGUUGCGGUCGAUAAGACUGGCGCAAACGUGAGAUUGGAUUACGAGUACGAUGAAAUGUGGAGCGUUGAACACUUGCUGCUGGAAGCCCGUUUGUGUGCAUUUCUGGAAAAGGCUUUCAAACGUAGUAAAACCCUCCAUCAGCUGCACUUCAAGUGUGAUUUUCUUGGAGAACGUGACGGUCAGUGCCACAAUCGUGGACAUGUAUGGCCUGGCUAGAAUCACAGUACUCGAUGAAAAUCCCAUGUUGGGUAAAGAAAGGCCAUCAAGAACAGGAGGAACAACCGUGGCGACGACGAGGAUGAGAGCAAGCGUGACGCAAAACGCACUUCCAGAUUACACGAUAGAGCCCGGCAGGAACCAGCUACUGACGAUUUAUGGACCCAUUUGGGUCAUAUGACCAACUGUCUCGGUAGAAACCAUCAAUAAAAUAUUGAUGUUCUUUCUGAG